AUGGCCUUGAAGCACUCUCUUCUCGUCGUUGCCACCAUGGUGGCGGCUGCCUUUGGUGCUGCUCUUCAGCGGGCCGAAGACUGCGAGGCCAUCGAGCCCAGCGCAGAACUGCGCGCCGCCGCCGCAGAGAUGGCCAUCAAAGAGGAGGCCACGGCCGGCAAGCCCAGCGGCAAGCUCGCCGAGGUCAAUGUGCCCGUGUACAUCCACGUCGUUGCCUCUUCCCAGUCCAAGGCGGAUGGCUACCUUUCUGAAGCAGAUGUUCGUGCCACCGUCAGUGGGAUGAACAAUGACUACCAGGGCCUCGGCUUCCAGUUCACCGUCAAGGGCGUCGACCACACCAUCAACGCCAACUGGGCCAGCGACCAGGACGCGUUGGGCAUGAAGAAGAAGCUCCGCACGGGCGACUACCGCACCCUGAACCUGUACUUCCUGCCCAAGAUGGCGCCCAACGGCCGCUGCUACUACCCGACGACUGCCGCCCCGGGCUCGACCGCCUUCUACAACGACGGCUGCACCAUGCGCAGCGACGUCUACAACAACGGCCAGACCACCACCCACGAGGUCGGACACUGGCUCGGCCUCUUCCACACCUUCCAGGACGGCUGUGACCCCGUCAACGACAUGGUGUCCGACACCCCUGCCCUGAUCAACAGCUGGAGCUGCAACACGAACGAUGAUUCCUGCCCCGACAUGCCCGGCAAGGACCCCGUCACAAACUUCAUGAGCUACGGCACUUGCCGCAGCGUCUUCACCCCAGGCCAGACUGCCCGCAUGAGCAGCAUGUACAACAAGUACCGUGCCUAA